AUUGCCUUUUUUUUUUUUUUAAUCUCUUUACCAUCAUUUUAUCUGGCUUUGUGGUGGUGCGUUAUUUUGCUUGUUGAUUAAUUGGAUACCUCUCUGUUUCAACCUUUUUCUUUUAGCAUUAGCAUUGUGGAAAGUGGAAAGCAAUUGCUGUAAUUAAAUUAAGUUUAUUAUGUUAUAUGAUUCAAAUUAAGUUUACUAUGUUGCAGAAAGUUACAAUGGUGAUUAAGGUCGAUCUUAGCUGCAAGAAAAUCAAGAAAAUACUCUGUGAAAUUCCUCAAAUUCGAAAUCAGAUAUAUGAUGAGAAGGCUAACACAGUGAACAUCACUGUGGUGUGCUGCAGUCCUGAAAAGAUCAAGAAAAUUAUCUGCUGCAAAGGUGGUGAUUCCGUCCAGUGUAUUGACAUAAAGACACCGUCGCCACCGCCGCCGCCACCGCCGCCGCCACCACCGCCACCGCCGCCGCCGCUGUCACUGCUACUGCUACUACCACCGGCACCGUCGCCGCCACCGUCGCCGCCACCAUGUUGUACGGAAUGUCCUAAAGGAUGUGGGCGAGGCCCAUGUUGCCACUGCUGUGGAAGGCCACCACCACCAUGUUGUUUGGAAUGCUAUAUAGGAAGUGGGGGAGGCCCAUGCUACCACUGCUAUGGAAGGUCACCACCACCGCCACCAUGUUGUAUGGAAUGUUAUAAAGGAUGUAGAGGAGGCCCAUGUUACCACUGUUGUGAACUGCCACCGCCGCCACCAUGUUUUAUGGAAUGAUGUAAAGGAUGUGGGGGAGGCCCAUGUUACCACUGCGAGGGAAGACUACCCCCAUACUAUAAGGGUUAUGGGAGGUCAAUAUAAUGAUAGUUGUGGUGGUGGCUUCGACUUCAGCAGUUGCCAAAGAGGAUGCCAUGUGUAUGUGGGGAGAUGUGGUUGCCAAAUUAAAUAAAUUCUCUCGGUAUGUCGUGUCAUGUAACUGGUUAAUUUACAAUAGUGGUGUUGUCAUCAAUGAUAUGUAUGACAUAAAUAUCAAACGACCUUGAAAUCAUGAGAGACCUUUGAAGGUCGUUUAAUUGACCUAGAAUAUACAAGGUAUAUUGCCA